UCCCUCUCUCCUUCUGUCUCUCCGUCAGAUCUGGGACAUCCGCUCUCUGGAGUGCGUCCACGUCCUCCAGACCAGUGGCGGCAGCGUCUACUCCAUCGCCGUCACCAACCACCACAUCGUCUGUGGCACCUACGAAAACCUCAUCCACGUUUGGGAUAUUGAGUCCAAAGAGCAGGUGCGGACCCUCACAGGUCACGUGGGAACAGUUUAUGCUCUCGCUGUCAUCUCCACCCCGGACCAGACCAAAGUGUUCAGCGCCUCCUACGAUCGUUCCCUCAGGGUGUGGAGCAUGGAUAACAUGAUCUGCACCCAGACUCUGCUCAGACACCAGGGCAGUGUAACGGCUCUGGCUGUCUCCAGGGGGCGCCUGUUCUCCGGAGCCGUCGACAGCACCGUCAAGGUGUGGACCUGCUAAACGAACUUCUGGCUCUCAGUUGAGUUCAGACUUCACAUCCCAUCAAAGUUUCCGUGAGGUUUCCUCGUCCACGCCCGUUUCUUUGAUUGUGAUUUAACAGCCGCAGACCAACAGUAACCACCACCGCCAUCGAGCUGCAUUGGAACUAUUUUACUGAGUGUUGCUUUUAAAACGUCAAACAGUCCCACGCGUUGACCCCGACCUUCAGGGCGGCAGGUCAGCUCCACGUCACGCUCUCUGUGACUCAGUGCAUUAUGGGGCAAAAUAAGACGAGCUGCCUUAACGGUUGCAACGCCAAAUCUGAGAUUGAAUGAGCGCUGUAAUCAGAGCGGGAAGCAGAGAGGAUUAUGGGUAGUAGAUGGUCCUGUCUGCUUCCUGCAGAUACACCUGCCAUUUAAGAACUGUACUGACGAUGCCUAAUGUAAACUGUCCACACGUGUAACGGCUGGUUUCACAAACGUGGAGUGACGCAGCGCUCGCUCCAAAUCUUUCAUGUUCUGUGACUUUUAAAUCCCAGAAUCCACCAAAUCACAGACGAGUCAAACAUUUUAAAGGAGACAUUCAAAUUAAAAUCAAGUUAUUUGAUGCAGUAGCAGCAGUUUUAUGCUGAAAUGAACGCAAACAGUGAUUUUUUAUGCGUCUGAGGUUAUCGAGCCCGACCCAGACAAUCUGAAGGUUGUCGCUCCCUGGACGGGGUCAGGGGUCAAAGGUGCCAGCUUCAAAAAUCCAGUAUUUGUCGGGCUAUAGUAACCAUGACAACACGUAUGCAGGUCACCCAGUGAUUGUAGGAUCACCGUCACAUUAACUGUACAAGACGCAUCUCUUUGGUCCCGUUUCUUUUAACUCACCGUCAAGUUAGGUUUUUAUCAUUGUCGGUUAUUUUUUUCCCGAAAGCGGCAGCAGAGGCAGCGAUAACUUCUGCUGUCACUCACCUGACUUUCACUCUAAAGCUGCGCUCACGCCAAACGCAGACGAAAUAUUUGCGGAGCUACUCGUGAGCCACUGACACAUCAGCCUGCGUGUGACCUGGCCGUCGCUUGUGUCGCCUGGUGUGUUCACCGCCUCUGCUUUGACUUCUUAAGUAAUCUAUUCGUGUGAAAUAUUCCUAAACAAAGCAGAAGUAAAACAACAUGACUUGUGAAAGUGACCUGACGUUUGCGACCACUGUUGAUUCAGAUCAGAGCAGCUGGUGUGUUAAUAACAAGCAUCGAGACAUUUCCAGAGAAGUUUCCUUUUCUCUCUUACUCACGUCAACAUUUCUGUCGCUCAGUUUUGUGAAACCAGCCUUUAUAAAAACUCCUUUUCAUAACAAGUGAAGACUUAAGAGAGAGAAUGACAGAUCUAUAGAUUUACUGAGUUUUAUAUUAGUGCCAUGAUAGAGCUGUGUUCAGAGCCUCUCGACGGUUGUACAGUUGUGUAAAGUAACGUGCCGAGUCGUGGACGUGUGCCCAUUACGAUGACUCACGCCGGCCUGGUCGCCAGAGAGACAGGCGGUGAGGAGGAGACGUCAGUGUGCAUGUAUGUGUCUGUUGUCGUGUACAUGGGUGCGUGUUUCAAUGAGUGCCAUACGUGUGGAUGAGACGUUAAGAAAGACUGUAAUGACUCAUAUUUCUCUCUCCUGAUCCCCCGAACACUUUCAGACCGCAGCGCUCGACGAAGCGAAGGCAGCCGGGGAACUGGGUGUGGUUUUAGACGAUCACAUGAUCACAAGAGUAUUACGUUUUCAUUUCAACACACAUCUGGACGCCACUUCCUGUAGCCUCGGAGAUAAGGGCGGGGGAGGGGAGAGAGAGUUUUCCUCACUGGUCGGUGUCAGUGAUUUCUUGUAAACUUGUAACCAUGUUAAGCCUGAGUUGAUCAUCGAUCAAUAAAACUGUUGUACACUUUGA